AUGGAGGCCCCGCGGAUUCUGUCAGGCGGCGGUGGGAUUACUGUCACGUUUCUACGGGAUGAGAAGGCUCGAGACACACAACGUCGCAUUCGCCUGGACCGGCCUGUCGCUCAGGCAAGCAACGUGCUUGAAGGAUGGCUUGACGUGGCUAUCCAAGAUCCGGCCGCCUCCUUCACUUUACAAUGGACCAUCACUAAGCUGAGUCGCUCGUUAUCCCACAGAUGGUGUCAAUGGCUGCCCCUUACGUGUCUUGGACAAUGGCGCAAUAUCGUGGGGGCCUAUAUCGCAAAGAAUAAACGACGGAAAAAGCUUUCCAAGCUCAAUGAUAUAGCCUUCAUCACCUCGCACCUUCUUCCGGUCUUCAGUAGCUUGCCUACGGCAGCUGUUACCCAUAUGCCGACUCAUAGCAUUAUCAUUAUUCCUCCAAUGGAUUCAUAUCAGGUGAGUGUGCCCGGUGGCCGCUAUGUGGCAUUGCUGAUAACGAUUUGA